AUGCCAAUGCCCCAAGCUCUUCACUGGGGAAUGCUCCACCCUAUUUUAGCAUACCACAAGGGUCUUGCAGCAAUCAAAUCCUCCCAGGAAAUAGUGUUAACAUUUCCUGUCCUUCCUAUAGCUCUUCUGCCAAUAUCUAUGAUACACAUGAAUUUCAAGUGUGUAAUCAGGGAAGACCCCAGCUUUCAUGUCUUGGAAAUGCAUCAACAUUUGAAGCAACCCCUCAGAGUUCUAAUACUAGAAUUCCUUAUAAUGAAAACACAAAGACAACCGAUCGGAAUUCAGUUGGUCAUGGUACAAACUAAUGAAGUCAUGUCCCAAAGUUCUGGUCAAAAUGAGAUAUCGUAUCAGGGUCCUGAAGUGGUGUUUAGCUAUGUAACAGAGGAAUUGACUUCAUUGCCUGCUCAUCCUGCGCAACAGCAUGGAUUACACGUUUCUGGCACUGUAGACCUUGAAGAACAAGGAGAUCGGAAAGAAGAAGAUGAAAUCAACUGCAACACCAAAUCUUCUGCAAUCUCCCCUCCAAUUUCUCUUUCUACACGAAAACCUUCACUCAUGACGCACAAUAGCACAACAAGUCCACUAAAACCAACACUAAAGAUAACGUGUGCUUCCAAGGGAAGUCCAGAUGAUUACCACGCGACACUGAAAGCCCUCAAUUCUAGAGGUCGAAGGCCGAGGAAAUCACUAGGCCAGGUUCCAGUCACCCUUUUGCAUUAUAUGUUGAAUGCUGAGAUUAACGAGCGACUUGUUGCUGCUGCUAAUGUUGAAGAGGGUGAUUUGGUUCUUGAAAUUGGACCUGGAACUGGUUCUUUGACUAAUGUUCUUAUUGAUGCUGGUGCAACUGUUCUUGCUAUUGAGAAAGACGCAGAUAUGGCUGCUUUAGUGAGGAAAAGAUUUGGUGACACAAAUCGUUUGAAGGUUUUGCAAGAGAACUUCAUCAAGUGUCACAUUCAAUCCCACAUGCUGUCGAUGUUAGAAAGUGUGGAAACUUUGCAUGAAAAACCGAGAUACGCAAAAGUAGUUGCUAAUAUACCAUUUAAUAUAAGUACAGAUGUAAUCAAGCAACUGCUUCCAAUGGGUGACAUUUUCUCUGAAGUCAUUCUUUUACUCCAGGAUGGGACAGCUUUGCGUUUAGUGGAAUCAUCCCUACGAACUUCUGAAUACCGUCCCAUCAAUAUCUUUGUUAAUUUUUAUUCAGAUCCGGAAUACAACUUUAAGAACUCUUUGCCCAAAGGCAGUCUUAUGAGUCAUCAGGUUGAUGCUGCUGUUGUUACAUUUAAGCUCAAGCAAGCUGUGGACUAUCCAGCAGUUUCCUCCACGAAAAGCUUCUUCUCAAUGGUGAAUUCUGCAUUUAAUGGGAAACGUAAGAUGCUGCGAAAAUCACUUCAGCACAUAUGCAAACCCGUUGAGAUUGAAGAAGCUCUUCAAAAUGUUGGUUGUCUAGCCACUGAUGAGGACACUCGACUAUGGAAACCACAGUUUUGGGAAUUUCAAUAUCGGGAUCUUCAUGGUAGAAGUUGA